AUGUUCACGUCGCGUGCAGGUCAACCCCCGCAGAGGCCACCGAGUCUCGCACCCAAUCCCGCCCUCGGCGGCCCCUACCGCGGGCCCUACCCAGGAUACGGCAUGCCUCCUCGGACUGUCAUGCCGGGCUACCCAGCGCUGCAGAACCAUAGAGCGGGUCCCAAUCUCGUCGCACAGCCGUCGCCAAGUUUAAACAUGUUCCAGCAACGCGGGCAGAGCAACUUCGCGUUCGCGUCCGGAGGCCUCCAACAGUCGCAGUCACAACAUACCGGCUCGACACCGCUAUCACACACGCCCAUACAACAGUCCCAACCCUCCAGUGCGACGUCGACACUACCACCGCACCUAGCGCAGUCCACUACGCCAAGCCUAGGGACAGCACCCUCGGUCUCGUCGGCAAGUGAAGUAGGGCUCGAUCCCAACGACUUCCCCGCCCUCGGUUCAACACCGACGACAAACUCGAACGCAGCGUCAAGUACAAACGCGACGAGUUAUGCGAGCCAGGCAGGGACGGGUGUGAUGGGGACGGGGGCGAGCGGAGUACAGGCAGCAGCGGGCAAUGGAGCUAGCCAGGACCGAAACUUUGGGCCGGACGACUUCCCUGCCCUAGGUGGCCAGAACCAAACAUCGCAUCAGCAACAACAGGCGCACCAACAUACGUCGGACGGCCAUCCUCCAGGACUCAAUGGCUUCCAACAAGCAGACCAGCAGCAUCGACAGAGUUUGCUGGGCUCAUUAACGGGUGGCUCGCAGACGCCUGCUCUCGGGAGUGGCCAACAGCAACCAGGUGUGCUUAAUCUGGGUGGACAAGCAAGGGGCGUGCAUCCAGGGUUCCAGACCCAGUCUGAUGCAGAGAAACAGCGGAACUAUGCGCUCAAGUUGAACCAGACGAACCACGCCGCCGCCGCCGCUGCAUGGAACUCACCCAAUGCGAACCCCAGUGCACAGCAAACGACACCGCUCACGUCGAACGCGCCAAACGGUCUACACCAAAACCACACGUCGCAGUCUCAACAACAUCUCACCGCGCCGCCCGGUGUGCCACCACCAGGAACGUUCUCGCAACAGCAACAGCCACAUACAUCGCAGACGCUGGCAGCACAAACUCCAUACGUGGGCAAUGGUACGACAGGUGGGGACACCGCCCAUCAUCCAUCGCAAGGGCCUGCGCAUGCGACGAGUGCAGUACCACAAACACCAGCGCAGCAAGUGCUCAUGUCGCCCGCAGAUCGGUGGGGACUCCUAGGUCUCCUGGCGAUGAUUAAGCUCGCGGAUCCGGACCAAAACUUGCUGUCGAUCGGGACGGACUUGGGGACGAUGGGGCUGGACAUGCAGACACAAGGAAGUUUGCAUCCAGCGUUCAUCACACCGUGGGCAGACUCGUCCGCAGCGCAUACGGUAGAACCAGACUUCCAUCUACCAGCAUGUUACGCCGUGCAGCCACCCCCGCCGGGCCCGAGCAAGGCGCAAGCGUUCAGCGACGAGACGCUCUUCUUCAUGUUUUACUCUUCGCCGCGAGAUGCCCUCCAGGAAAUCGCAGCACAAGAACUCUACAACCGCAACUGGCGGUACCACAAGGAGAUGCGGUUGUGGCUGACGAAAGAGACGGGCACCGCGCCUUCGCAGAAGGUCCAGGGCGGCGAGCACGGCACGUACUCGUACUGGGACCCCGACAACUGGGAGAAGGCACGGAAAGAGAUGACCGUGCUCUACACCGACCUCGAGGAGAAGAACCAGCCCGUAUUCGCCCCAGGCCAGACGCUCCAGCUGAACCAGCCGCAGAUGCACACGCCGAGCGCACCCACGCAGAGAAUAGGCACGUUGCAGGGCAUGGGCAUGGCUGCAAUGUGA